AUGACUACGGUAACCAUGGUAUUAUACCUCAUGUGGUUGGGUGAUGAGUCGAACGAUACAUACGAUAAGCGUUCCGAGCCGAAUCAUCUUCAACCCGAAUACAAGCAGCCCUGGAAUUUCUUCAUGGGAAAUUUCCUGAAUGCCGAAGGUGGCGUGGUCAAAUUGCACAACAUAUGUCCUCCAUGGAAAAUUCGAAUCGAGACAAUAGCAACACGGCGUUUGAAGAUAGCCCGAUGUCGCCUAUUAACUACCGCCACAGCUGUUGACACCUCAGCUAUCGCCAGUAUGUAA